AUGCGUGUUCUUCUUACCCUCAGUACUUUCGUCGCCGCUGUGCUGGCCGCAGCUCGCACUAGCCCUCCUUCCGGUGCCAUUACGGCCGGUAAGGGAGGAACCUAUGCUACUUUCCAAAAAGCCGUUAAUGCUCUCAGCACCACCACCACUUCGGCCCAAAGCAUCUUCCUCUACUCUGGUACUUACGCGGAACAAGUUACCAUACCCGCUUUGAAGGGAAAACUCACUGUAUAUGGAUACACCAAGGAUACUAGCUCCUAUGGAAGCAACGUCGUCAACAUCCAACACAGUUCUUCUCUCUUGAGCGGUGCCGCUAACGACGAAGAAACCGGAACCGUCAUUAACUUGUCCGCAAACACCGCUUUCUACAACAUCAACAUUAAGAACACCUAUGGAAAGGGUUCUCAAGCCAUUGCUCUGGCCGCCUACAACACCGAUCAAGGUUACUACGGUGUUGGACUUUACGGAUACCAAGAUACUCUCCUGACUCAAAUUGGAAAUCAAGUUUACGCUAAAUGCUACAUUGAGGGAGCCGUCGACUGGAUCUUCGGUCAACACUCUGUCGCUUGGUUUGACGGUUCUACCAUUGCUGCUUCAGCUGGUGGUGGAUGUAUUACCGCCGAUGGACGUCCAUCUACCUCUGACCCAUCUCUCUAUGUCAUCAACAAAUGUACCAUCACCACUAGUGCAUCCUCAAGCGCCGGUGCCGGCACCGUUUACCUUGGUCGUCCAUGGAGUCAAUAUGCUCGUGUCGCUGUCCAAGAAACUUCAAUGAGCAACGUUAUUAAUAGUGCCGGAUGGUCGGUUUGGUCUACCAGCUCGCCAAAUACUCAGAAUGUUCUCUUUGAGGAACAUGCCAACACCGGUGCCGGUGCUUCGGGUACCCGUGCAAGCUUCUCCCACUCGUACUCUACUCCUUACACUAUCUCUGGUGUUUUGGGUAGCAACUACAAAUCGUGGGUUGAUACUAGCUACCUUUCUUAA